AUGGCUGGUUUCCGUCUAAUUGAUGUGGCAAAACCAUUUCUACCAUUGUUACCAGAAGUUGAACUUCCAUUCGAAACACUUCCAUUUGAUGAAAAGAUUGUGUAUACAAUUUUUGCUGGUAUAAUCUAUUUAUUCGCUGAAUUUCCAUUAGUUGGUGUCUCUAAGGAUAUCCAAUCUUUCCCAAUCAACGAUCCAAUUUAUUUUCUCCGUGGUGUUUUUGCAGCAACUCCAAGAACUUUACUCGAAUUCGGUCUUUUCCCUAUUAUCUCCAGUGGUUUAAUCUUGCAAUUAUUGGCAGGUUUGAAAUAUAUUAAGGUCAAUUUCAAAAUCCAACAAGACAGAGAAUUGUUUCAAACUUUAACCAAAUUAUUUGCCUUAUUCCAAUACUUUGUUUUAGCAAACAUUUUCAUCUUCUCAGGUUAUUAUGGUAAUAACUUGACCAUUGUUCAAAUUUUAGUCUUAAACGCUCAAUUGAUUGGUUCUGGUCUCUGUACCAUUAUCUUAAGUGAAGUUAUCGAUAAAGGCUAUGGAUUUAUCUCCGGUGCUAUGAUUAUUAAUACCAUUGUUAUUUCCACUAAUUUUGUCGCGGACACUAUUGGAAUAACUCAAAUUAAGAUUGAUGAUGCUGAUAACACUGAAGCCCAAGGUGCUCUAAUUAACUUGAUUCAAGGUUUUAGAUCAAAGAAUAAGACCAUCGUUGGUGGUAUUAUUUCAGCUUUUAACAGAGAUUAUUUACCAAAUUUAACCACUACUUUUAUCGUCAUUAUUAUUGCCGCUAUUAUUUGUUACUUACAAAGUUGCCGUGUGGAAUUGGCCAUUAGAUCUACCAGAGCUCGUGGUAUGAAUAAUGUUUACCCAAUUCGUUUAUUGAGUAUUGGUUGUUUGGGUUUAUUGUUCUCAUACGUCAACCUAUUCUACAUCCACAUUGCCGCAUUUAUUUUGAUUCAAUUGGUUGCCAACAAUGAUCCAUCUAGUAUUAUUUGCAAAAUCCUAGGUCACUAUGAGAAUGUUAACAAUAUCUUAGCAGUUCCAACUUUCCCAUUAUCAUUGCUAACACCACCAAGAUCUUUGAUUGGUGGUCUUUUCUCUCAACCAUUAACUUUCAUUGUCUUUACUUUAUUCAUCGUCUCUACUAGUGUUUGGUUUGCCAAGAAAUGGCAAGCCAUUUCAGGUUCUUCAGCUCGUGAUGUUGCUGUGGAAUUUAAGGAUCAAGGUAUUACCUUAUCUGGUCGUAGAGAACAAAACAUCUCCAAGGAACUAGACAAGGUUAUUCCAGUUGCCUCUUCUACCGGUGCUGCCAUACUUGCCGUCCUUGCCGCAUGCGGUGAAUUGUUAGGUCUAAAGGGUAAAGCCGCUGGUAUUAUUGUUGGUGUAGCUGGUGGAUUCUCAUUACUAGAAUUAAUUACCCUUGAUUACCAACAAACAGGUGGUAAUAGUAAUUUACGUGCUGUUUUGGGUACUCCAAGCACUUCUGCUACUCAAUUUUGA